AUGGCUUCAUACUGGGAGUUGUUGUGCCAAUCCGAAGUCUUCGCCAGAACAGCCGGGCGUAACUCAACAGGUUCAUCAUGCUUAGAAGAGUUGCUCGAUUCCGGUAAAUUUUCUGUCGCUGCAGCUAUCAUCGUUAGCGCACUUUUUCUAAUCGUACUUUUGAGCCCUGAUAAACCUACGAUUUCGGGUGCACCCGUCCAUGGCCGUCGUUGGUGGUGGGAGCCGACGAUGUGGCUCCAGUCUCGUUUCACCUUUGGCGCUUAUGAUAUAGUUACAAGUGGCUACAGGAAGUACAAGGAUCGUCCUUUUGUAGUGAAGCGCUUUGAUAUAAACUUCAACGUGUUGCCAAAUAAGCACCUCGAAGAAUUGAGGCUCGUCCCCGAAACUAUAUUGGACCAGUCACAAGUUCAGAACAUCGGUCACAAGUGGACAGACACAAUGGUCGUUACUGAGUCACGCCUCCACUUCCGGACAGUCCAAAGUACCCUCGGAACUGAACUUUCAAGAUACCUAGAUCUGGCUAAGGCUGAGUUGGAUUAUACAUGGGAAUUAUAUAUGCCUAACACAGACGAUUGGCAGAAUGUCGAUAUCAAUAGAGUGGUACGAAUGCUGGUAGCUAGUUCAUCAGCUAGAGUCUUCGUAGGGUAUCCGGCUUGUCGCAACGAGGAGUGGCUGAAGUUAUCCGUUGAAUACACAAUGGACGUUUUCCAGACUGCAUUCAUAAUCCGUCUCUUCCCGUACUGGCUUCAGCCUAUCUUUGCACUAUUUAUCCCCGCACGUUACCGCAUUGCGAAACAAGUAGCUUUAGCAUAUCGCGUUCUCACACCUCUUAUAAAGAAACAUGCAGAGGCGACCAGAAAGAGGCAGGCUGGGGAAAAUGCGAACGAGGAAGCGACGCUCUUGAAUUGGAUGGUAGACCAUGGCACUAAAGACGAGAAUAAGCUUGACAAGAUCAUAAGGCGCCAUCUCUUACUCACGUUGGCUAGCACCCAUACAACAGUUGGGGUACUUGUGAGCAUCUUGUUCGACAUGUGCGCUCAUCCCGAAUGGAUUCCCGUGCUACGGCAAGAGAUAGAGAAUACGACGAAAGAGCUAGGUCCUAUAGGUUCCAAUCCCGAGAUUUCCUCGAAGCAAUGGCUUCAGCGGCUCGAGAAGCUCGAUAGCUUCUUCAACGAGAGUCGAAGAGUGAAUCCACUUGUUCUACUCGUACCUCAACGCACAGCCUUAGAGCCAGUGACGCUCAAAGACGGAACGCGCAUACCCAAGGGCGCGAGGAUAUGUUUCGCAAGCGCCAGCCACAUGAAUGACGCCUCAGUGACUCCUCGCCCAGAGGUCUUCGAUCCAAUGCGGAGCUACAAUAAGCGGCAUGCCUCGCCCGACCAGAAGAACAAGCACCUCGCCGACCAGACGAGCCCGGACAAUCUGACCUGGGGCUACGGCAAACUGGCCUGUCCUGGACGCCACUUUGCAGUCGCUGUGACCAAGAUGAUUCUAGCGAGACUGCUCGUCGAAUACGAUUUUAAAUUUCCGGGGAAUGUCACUUCUGGCCCCAAAGUCUUUUUUGCCGACGAGUUGCUGUUCACAGAUCCCACCGCAAGGAUCAUGAUGAAGCGUCGUCGCGGAGAAUAA